AGUGAACGAUGGAUUUGUAUGACGAAAUGUACGAAAUUAAAAAUGGCCGCGAAAUUGACGACAGUCCACCGCCGGAUCUGGACGUUUCCGGUUCGCUGCAGUUCAUCAACCAGGAGGACGAGGACGAGGACGAGGAGGAGGAGGAGGAUGACGACCACGAGGACCAUCGUUCGGAAGAAAGGCCACUGAGAAAGGAAAGCUUCAACGAAAGUCAUCCAAUGAGUUUGCUCGAGGAAGUACCGAAAGCGGGCCGUAUCGGUGCAGAGUCGAACCCGAAACGAGACAACCUGCGUAAGCACGAUUCCCUUACAGACAGCAGCGCCAGCAUGUCGGAGGACGAGAAGGAACCGGCGAAGAAGCUGGUCGAGGAGAAGGAGUUCAACCCGAAGCUGUACGAUAACAUCGACGCACCGAGCGAGGUCAAGGAUCUGUUCCAGUACAUCCCGCGCUACACGCCCCAGCGGAUCGCGAUCGACUUCAAGCUGAAGAUCUUCAUCCCGGAGUUUAUACCGGCGGUCGGUGAUAUCGAUGCGUUUCUGAAGGUUUGCCCACCGGGCCCGGUGAGCGAGAAGAAGAGCAAGAAGCUAAACGGUCACAUCCAGAACCUUGGAUUAAUGAUCCUGGACGAGCCGUGCGGCGACCAGAGCGACAGCGUGCUGCUACAGAUGAAGCUACGUUCGAUCUUUACCAAACCGAUCGAAACACCUUCGGCGAUCGUGCGCAGUGCGCGGGAUAUCGAUCGCUGGAUCACGGAGAUCCAGUCCCUGCGGGCCAGCCAAUCGAUCCAGAGCGUCAACGCCCAGAAGCAACCGGUCGUGAACAUCGACAGCCUGAUGUCGGAAUGGCCGGAGGAGAUGGAGCGUACGCUCGAUGCGCUUGGGUUCCCGCCCGCCAAGCUGGACUGCAGCCUAACGAACUACGUGAAGAUCGUGUGCAACAUUUUCGACAUUCCGCUGCCGGCCGGCGAAAGCCAGACGGACUACAUCUACGCGCUGUACAAUCUGUUCAAUCUGUUUCUGGCCAUCAAGCAGCAAAACAGCCUCUAAGGGCUCCUAAGCAAAGAAGACACUGGUUGUAGUCGUAAAAAGGUUAGUUUGCAUUUCACCAAAGUUACAUAAAAAUAGAUAACAGACAGCUUACAGA